AUGCAUUUUGUGAAGACGAUGCUAAAGUACAAUUUUUUUAAUAUAAAAGUAGCCGACAUAAACAUUAGGCACUGCAGUCUUUACAACAUGUGCGAUAUGGGAAGGUAAAUAGUCUGAAGGUCAAAGGUGUGCGGUCCUUGAAGCUCUUCUUGGAUUCCACUUCCCCUCUACCUUGAUCGAUUCCCUCUACUUUGAUGAAGCGCCUGGCGAAGACCUCUCCCACAACUGCAGCGGCUUUGCGACUACCCUACCGUCGUUCUGGACUUUUGGCUACCGCCAUUCGUAUGUGGAAACGCUGAAUCCAAGGCCAAGGAGAACCGGAGAAGGCAACGAAUUAAGCGGAGGACUGAACUGGACAGUGGUGGUUGCCGAAGGAUCUAUCAGGCUUGAGGUAAUCAAUAUUAGAAUUUGAAGCUGUAAUGCUUCAAGGAUGGUGGGCAACUCAAGGCACAUCAACAGCACCUCGUGGAGGGGUAGAACCGGACACUAGAUGAAAAAGACCUGCUCUAUGGGAAAUAAGAAUUAUCAUGGAUGGCACCAUUGAUGAUUACAGGAGCAGAAGAGUCUGGGACUGGGGUAGCGAGACACCAUGAUGAUAACUUUAUGGGAGGUGGAUGGGACUCUUGUAGAGCAGAUUGGCCUAUCAGAAUAACGGAGACCAUAGGAGUGAGAGAGGCUUUAGCUUGGGCAAAAAGGAAAGGGUGGGAUCGAGUAAUCCUUGAGACAGAUGGGCAAGUUGACACUACUACCUUAGAAGGUGAAAAUGGAAAUUUUUAUUUUGACGUGGUGAUGGAAGAUAUCAAACAACUUUAUUCUGGAGCUAGCUUUAGUGCCAGUUAUUGUAAACGAUCCUCGAAUCGUGCAGUUCAUAGUCUAAGCUAGCUAGAGUAGCCCUUCCUCAAGCGGGUUGUAGCGAUUUUUAUCGUUGUCCUGGUAGUAUUUGUAGCCAUUUUAUUAAUGUAUUAAUAUAUAUAUUUGAAAAUAUUAUUGUUAAAUUUGUA